GCUAGAUAAAAAAAAAAAACGUCGGAGAUAGACACAAAAUACAAUUCGUGCUAAAAUGCAGCGUGUGAGUAAGUCUAAGGUGUAAGAUUCUGUCGAGUUCGCGUUAUUUGGGGUUCUCGAUAUUGGUAAGCUCUUGUUUUGUUUUUGCCUAUCAAGAACUUGAAGCGGCCCGUUGGUUGCUGAGAACUAGAAGCUCAUGUUCUACACGAGUAGUAAUCGGCAAUCACGACCUCCAGGCCAUUUCGCGGGGGCACGCUAACCUCUGCCGGCCAGGCUCCGCCUAACGUGGCCGUUCGAUAGUUGCUUUUCCCGUCGGUAGCAAUCGAUACCGUCUCCGACGACGAUCUCCCGCAUGACUAGACUUACGGCCGGGCGGCGGGCGAUCGCAACUAGAUUCCCUCCGUCUUUCGCGAUAUGUUGCAGAAGUACUCUACUUACCACGUACCGCACCGAGAGAGAAUUCACGCAUGUGGUGGCACGCGGCCGGGACGUUGCGAAAACACGUAGUCUGACCACGACCUGUGGGACAGCAGGCGAUUCAUGUGGAUAUCAUCAUCUGCGCAACACGGCGGUGGAGCAUCAGGGCGAGCACUUACUCGAGAAGAACGCCGGGAGUACUAGUGGCGCAAAAAUGCUGCUGCUGUCACUGGAGCGCAUGAUGCGCAUUAGCCGGAAAUUAGGCGGAGGACGUGGAUGUGGAUAUACCAGUCUCACUCGGUUGCCACCAAAUCUCUCAUGGCUCACCACGAUCGCUUGCACCAGUGCCAUGGGCCCUCGUGCGACGAUGGGAGGAUAUUUAAGAGGUCUUCACGUGAUAUCAUCAACCAACAAUGCCGCAAGACCAGUACAACGACUGCGGGAACAACAUCAAUCUCGCCGCCACAUCAACACGCAGCGGCGCAGGAAAAUCGCGAUCCGGAAAUACCACUACCGGUUCCACUUCAAAAAUGCGCAGUUUCGGCUGAUAUCAAAGAAAAAAAGUUCGUCGCGAUCACUCAUGCGCAUUUUUGCAAUGCAAAACUGUUUGUCAUGCGUAAAAAUGCAUCACAGCCAAACUUCAUUAGGGAUUUCCCUAGUGUUUCCGCAAUACAAGGAAAGUUUGUGACGCUGAGAAAAUUUGUAAUGCAAAGCCUGCAAGUUAGUGACUGUGACAAGCUUUUUUCUCUCCAUAGCUGAAAAUUCCGAUUUACUACGGGCCGAUAGCACUGCGACCGACCAACGCAAAUGAUAAAAGAAGAAGUGCACAGAGGAACUAUUAUCGGACGCCCAAAUUGAAGGUCUUCAAACGACAGAGGUAGAUAAAGUGUGAUGGCAGUUCUACUCUUUGUGCGAGGCAGCAGCUCCGCACGGCGAGAACUUGCAUUUGAUGUUGUACAUCAACAGCUCACAAUAUUGCGAUUCUUGCACUGUUCAGAAGGAGAGCCUAGAAAAGCGUGACAACGAACAAACGUGGCAGCGCCGACUGCAGAAACAGAUGAAAAUCGCAAAAAUGAUGAAACAGCGUAUUGUAAAAUUUUCGAUCAGAA